AAAUCAAUGUAAAAGAUAAGUUUUGCACACGUCAUUUUAAAUUUUGAUUAGAUCCAAUGCAUAUUUUGACGAGUAUCUAAAUUUAUUUUUUUAGAUGAGAGAUGAUACUUCCACUGAGACUUCACUUCCAAUGAUUCUUGCAUCAACAAGAAGUUCUAAACUUGAACCCUAUCAAGUCAGUUCAAGUCGGUUAAAAUCUAGUGAAAGUCAAUCUCAGCCAAGUUCAAGUCACUCUAAACCUGCUAAGUCAUGUCUGGUGGAAUGUUCUUCAAUCAAGUUUCUUAAUGUUCAGACACCCAAGGUAUUUUUAUCAACUGAGAGUCUAGUUGUUAACAAGAAGAAUAUUCUUCUCCAGUUGGGAUGCUAUGAUCCCAUCCGGAAUAAAUAUCUCCAGAUUCCAAUAAAGGAAGAUGGUUUGAGAGAGAAUGCUAAGAAGUUAGAUUUAACAGAGAGGAAGAAGAACCCUACUGGAAAUCUUGAUGUUGGGACUGAUGAAAUAAGCUUGGAAGAUCUUAAAUCAGAUAUUGAGCCUCAAGCUAAGAAAAAACCUACAGAGAAAUUGAAGAUUCCAGAUUGGAAAGAACUGAUACACAACAGAUUCAUCUUGCCAGUAAAGGAUGAUUGGAUGCCGGUACAAAUUGUAAGCUUAGAGAAUUCUGGGAUAAUGUACAGCGUCCUUGUUCCCAAAGGAAAGAUGAAAGGUGUAGUUCUGGGACACAGCAAUGUGUUCAGAUGGAUGAAUGUUGAACCAGCUGCUGGCUUUGCAUAUAUUUCUUCAACUGCCACUUUAGACUCCUUCAAGGAUGUGAUGGAUGAUGUUCUGGCUAAAAACAUUCUGAAUUUGUCUGGAGAUGUUUCUUUUUGUAGCUUUGUAGGAUCCAAUGAUGUCUACACAGGUGUUCAGUCUGUUACAGAGUUCAUGAGACUACAGAUAGAACUUGUUGCCUGUCUUCAUAGGAUUCCUGGAUGUAACGCCAUGAUUACUCUAGCAGAAUAUCCAUACCCACCAGAAUCUGAGGAUAUUAAACAUGUUCAUAUCUUCAGGUGCAACGAAGGUGUGUGUGCUCUCAAUAAAGCUUAUGAGAGUCCACAGUUUAAAACUGGAACUCUAUUUUUGGGGCUGGAAAAAUUGGAGAAUCAAAAACAGCAUUUAUGUUCUUUUAAAGCUAACAUUCAGCCUUACAAUAUAUAUUUAAACUGCUGGGAUUGGCGAAAUGGUGGUGUCUCUUGGAAAAAUGACAAGUUCCUUAAGCUCAAUAACAUGUUGAAAUUCUGGCUUUCAAGUACUUCAAAGGGCUCAAAAAGAAAAAAACAUGAUGGAGUUGUUGUUCUUUCAACUAGUAUUACUGACACUAGAGGAAAGUCCCUAAAAGUUUCUCUCAAAAACUGGGGAGGAAGUGUUGGCAAUUUUCCAGAGUUUGUAUUCAACCCACUCCUGGAUGUAUCCCCCAUCUUAGAUUAUAAGUGUAAGUUCAGUACUUGGAUGGAGAGGAAUCCUCUCACAUUGGAACUUCCAGAACCUAGACUGUGUAAAAGUGUGUUUGGAGAGGAGGCCUUUGUUGAUGAGGAGGGAAACUAUCUAGAAAUGUUCACAUUGAAUGAAGGAAUGAACAAGUUGGUUGAAUUCCUGGAACAAUCUGCUGUAUCUUCAGCAUUACCAUAUCUAGUUAUGUACAGCAGCGCAGAAUAUAUUACCCUGGCUUUAAAAUGUAGCAAGGUCAAUCUUUCUAAGAGAAUGAAGGAAAUCACUUCAGGCAUAAUUGUAUUUGAAAAAAAUCUUGAGAGCCUAGAGUUCAGGAAUUCCCUAAAACAACAACAUUAUGGUGCAGAGGUUAAAGUGAAGAAGAAAAUGUCGGCCAACCUUGCGGCUGAGCUUUGUACCUGGAUGAAUUAUACAAUGAAAGCUACCAACUGUAUGCUGCAUAUAUCAAACUUGUCUUUGUCAAGACAUGAGACAAUGAUGUUCAUAGAUAAUAAUGCUAAGUUUCUUUGUUCUGCUCUACAUCAAGGCAUCUUGAAACAGAUUCCGGAGAAGGUGAAGAACAAUGAAAAUCCUAAGCACGUGCAAAGUAAGAGUUAUGAGAUUAUGCAGAGUGAGUAUUCGAAUUAUCUGCAGAGCAAGAAGCUUAAGAGGGAAAUGGAAAAGAAGAAAAAGAAACAAAGGAGAAGGAAUGUUAAGAGGACAGAGCGAAGAAGUCAAGAAGAGCAUAAAUUCAGGAAGGCGCAAAGGAAAUUGCUGAAUAACGUGCAGAACAAGAGACCAACAGAUAUGGAGAGUGACACUCAAAAGGAUAAACAGAUUAAGUGCUUUAAGAAUGUGCAGAGGGAAAAUAAUGAGAUUCCUGUGAUUAUACAGAGUGAGAGUUCAAGGAAUUUGCAGAGCCUAAAACUUGCUGAUAUAAGAAAAAGUUCAAAUCCAAAUCUGGAGCUGCUCGGGGCAAAUCGGAGACAACACAGCCCUUAUGAAAUCAUGAAAAGUACAAAUCCAAAUCUGGAGCCGCUUGGGGCAAAUCGGAGACAGCAAAGCCCUAAUGAAAUCGUGAAAACUAUACAAAGAAGUUCAAAUCCAAAUCUGGAGCCUCUCGGGGCAAAUCGGAGACAGCAAAUCCCUAUUGAAAUCGUUAAUGGUUCAAAUCCAAGUUUGGAGCCGGACAGUGGAAGAAGGAGAAACAAUAAUGAUAACGUCAAAGGGUCGAAUCCAAAUUUGGAGCCUAUCGGUAGAAAGAGGAAGAAGUGUACUCAAGAUAAAGGCUCCAAACCCUUCAAGUGUCCGAAGCUAGAAUAUUCGGUCCGCAAUCCAAUUCUGGAUCAAGGAUUUGUAAAUCCACAGAUAUAUAGUGGAUACGGCAUUUCUGGGAGGAAACGUGGAUUCGGUAAUUCUGUGAUUACAUUGGAUUAAUUGAUCCAUGGAUUUGGUAAUCCAGGGAUGAAUCAUGGAUUCAUAUAUCAAGGGAUGGAUCAUAGAUUCAUAUAUAAAGGGAUGGAUCAUAGAUUCAUAUAUCAAGGGAUGGAUAUCAUGGAUUUGAAAAUCUACGAAAUCAGGGAUUUUAAUUAUCCCGAGACUGCUUCAUCAUAUUUGCCGGAUUAACCAUCGUAACAUUUACACCAGAUUUUAAACUGAACAUUUUUAGGAUAAAUAUUAAGAUUUUUAGAUUUUGACUUAAUAGCAUAGUUUAUCCUGAUAAAAAAAUUCUGUGUUUUAUGUGAUUAAACAAAUGUGCAUUUUGAUUAUUUUUUUUACUUUAAUCUUUAAUAAAGUUAUAUUUUUUCGA